AUGGAUGUGGUUAAGAGCCGUUUUUUGGGGAUCGCCGUGGCCGUUGCGCACGGCUUUUUCUCCGGCUCCCUGAACAUUUUGCUCAAGUUUCUCAUCAGUAAUUAUAACUUCAACUUCCUGACGCUCAUCCAGCUGCUGACCAGCAGCACGGCGGCGUUCACCCUGGAGGUCCUGAGGCGACUGGGGUUGGUCAAAGUCCCGCCGUUCAGCGUGCAGCUUUCCAAGGAGUUCGGCCCGGUAUGUAUCCUCUCCACGCUGCAGUCCACUCUCACUCUGUGGUCUCUGCGCGGCCUCAGCCUGCCCAUGUACGUCGUGUUCAAACGCUGCCUGCCGCUCUUCACGCUCAGCAUCGGCAUGUGCGUUCUCAGGAACGGCGUGCCGUCCCCCGGCGUAGUGAUCGCUGUCGUCAUCACCACCGGUGGAGCUGCACUGGCCGGUGCUGGCGAUCUGACCGGCGAUCCCUUUGGUUAUGUCACUGGUGUGUUGGCGGUCAUCAUCCAUGCAUCCUACCUGGUCGUGAUCCAGAAAACCAGUCAUGACAGCGAGUACGGGCCGCUCACAGCGCAGUACGCCAUUGCCGUCAUGGCCACGCCGGUGCUCCUGGUGUGCUCCAUCAUCUCCCUGGACGCAGUCAACAUGUGGUCGUACGAGGGCUGGCAGAACCCGUACAUCACGGUCGUCUUCACCAUCUGCGUGUUCAUCGGCUGCGCCAUGAACUUCACCACGCUGCACUGCACCUACAUCAACUCGGCCGUCACCACCAGCUUCGUCGGCGUGGUCAAGAGCAUCGCCACCAUCACCGUCGGCAUGCUGGCGUUCAGCGACGUCGCGCCCACGCAUCUCUUCAUCGGCGGCGUUGUGGUCAACACCGUCGGCUCCAUCACCUACUGCGUGGUCAAAUAUUUCGAGACGAAGAAGAAGAGCCUGUACGAGGACUUGGAGGAGGCCGCCAAGGACGGAGCGCUGGCGGGCGAGCCGCACACGGAAAAACCGCCUCCGGACGGCGACGGGCCAGCUGCGGGGAUCGGAUCCGACCCCGAACGCCCGGAGAUAGAGGGAGUGUUGAUCAGUGACUGGAAGGAGGACGUUGCUAACGGAGAAGUGCGGACAGGAGACGUUGCACAAGGAGACGGAGAGGCAGGCGUAAAUUCCUGCGUCAUGACGGAAGACGAGGUGCGGGAGAUGCAGAGGGAGCAUCUCAACAAGGAGAACGCAGCCAACGCUAAGUCGGUUAGCGACAGCUACGUCGGGGUGUGGCGCUCCAUCAGAAAUCUGCAGUUUAUGAAGAAAGACCCGUUGAUUGAGAACAUGGAGCAGCAGAGUCCGUAA